AUCGCGCCCGGCUGGCCGCCUCCCCCCACCGGGGCCCCACGCAAGUGCCCCCGCCGAGCCCCCCGCCAGUCGCAACAUGCCGCGCUCCUUCCUGGUAAAGAAGAUCAAAGGGGAUGGCUUCCAGUGCAGCGGGGUACCAGCCCCCACUUACCACCCUUUGGAGACCGCCUACGUGCUGCCUGGCGCCCGGGGGCCGCCCGGGGACAACGGUUAUGCCCCGCACUGCCUUCCUCCCAGCAGCUACGAUGUGGACCAGAAGCCGGGCCUGGAGCUGGCACCCGCCGAGCCUCCGUACCCGCCGGCGGCGCCGGAAGAGUACAGCGACCCCGAAAGCCCGCAGUCCAGCCUGUCGGCGCGCUACUUUCGCGGGGAGGCGGCCGUGACCGACAGCUACUCCAUGGACGCCUUCUUCAUCUCGGACGGGCGCUCGCGGCGGCGGCGGGGCGGGGGCGGCGGGGACGCAGGGGGUGCGGGGGAUGCCCCGACAGCCGCGGGGCGCGCGGGGCGUGCGGGGGCGCCGGCGGGCGGUGGGCACCGGCACGCGUGCGCCGAGUGCGGCAAGACGUACGCCACGUCCUCGAACCUGAGCCGCCACAAGCAGACGCACCGCAGCCUGGACAGCCAGCAGGCGCGUAAGUGCCCGACGUGUGGCAAGGCAUACGUGUCCAUGCCCGCGCUGGCCAUGCACGUGCUCACACACAACCUGCGCCACAAGUGCGGCGUGUGCGGCAAGGCCUUCUCGCGGCCCUGGCUACUGCAGGGCCACAUGCGCUCGCACACGGGGGAGAAGCCCUUCGGCUGCGCGCACUGCGGCAAGGCCUUCGCCGACCGCUCCAACCUGCGCGCGCACAUGCAGACGCACUCGGCCUUCAAACACUACCGCUGUCGCCAGUGCGACAAGAGCUUCGCGCUCAAGUCCUACCUCCACAAGCACUGCGAGGCCGCCUGCGUCAAGGGAGCCGAGCCGCCCCCGCCGCCCCCAGCCGGCCCCGCCAGCUGAGCCUCCCGCAUCACCCCUGCGCCCGGAACUCGCUCUCCACGCGCCCGGGCCCCCUACCUGUGCCGUCUCCAACCCCCAGCUGCGUUUCCCUGCCCACUACCCUCGUGGGGUACCCCCUCCCCGCCCCGAACUUUUCUCUCCUGUCCUAGACCCAUAACUCUCCCGGCACUGUCUUCCCCAGCGCAUCCUGACCCGAAUGUCCUUUCCGGCUCCCAACACUCGGACCUUGAUCCCCCUGUCCGCCCCCUCAAGGCUCCCAACUCAGGCACCAGGUCCGUGCCCCUCCCGGGGCUCGGAGCCGGAAUUUUCUCCCACCCAGACUCUGCAGCUUUCCCCUUCUAACGUUCAGACCUUUCCUCUCACUUCUCAGCUGAGUCGCUGUGACCACUCUUCUAUGGGAGGCCCCAGCCUAAGGCCCAAACCUACCCUUGACUGUCACGCCUGCCGCCUGCCUUCGUCUUCCAUCCACACUCGGAUGCAGGGCCUGCAGCCUUUAAGCCACAUUCCAACGCCCGGCCAUCCCUCGGGCCUCUUUGCUGAGUCUCUUCCGUGUCAGCCCUCAUCCCCUCCACACCCGGGCCUUGGGCCAAACGUUCAGACACAGCCGCCACCCACCCACCCUCUUCAAUCCCGGGGGUCCUUCCCAACCAUCCCCUGCUCCCUCCAGACCCCGCAUCCCUCUAGCAUCUCUCACCCCUCAGAGUUCUCCUGACCUGGGGCAGACUGGAGGGGCAGUUCAGGCCCCACCCCCUAAAGUAGCCCCUCUUUCACCCCAGGACAGCCUCUCCCUGGGCUUCCAGACUCACGCUGCCCGAUCCCGAUUCUCUGAGCACUUUCCCACCCCUAGGACUGCAGGUACCCCCCCCCCUUAUUUGUUGCAGGGAGGUCUGGGGCACCUCACAAAUGCCCUUCCCCUGUCUGUCUGGGCCUCCCCCGUUAUUUAUUUGUGUAUUUAUUUAUUUAUCUAUUUAUUAUUCUAUUUAAUCUCUUGUCCUCACCCAGGGACGGUCUGGCUUCCCCAGCUGGACUGGGAGGUCAGGGAGCCAGACAGGGAGAGGGACAGCGAAGGCCAUAGAGGGCUGUCCACCCCACCCCACCCCGUCUUGGGGAGUGAGGGUGCAGCCCCACCCUCAUGAGAGCCUGAACUCACUGCGGAAGGAGGCACAAAAAUGGGAGGCUGGCCUGCUGACCCUCAGCUGGGGGGAGGGGGAGGUGUCAGGAGGUCCAGGCAUGGGGCAGGUCCCCUCCCUCCUGAGCCUUCCACUCCCGCUCCAGGGAGACCGGAGAGAGGAGCCUCCUCUUUUGUUUCCUAUGUAUUCCUCUUGUCGAGGGACCCCAGGUUCCAGGGACCGACUGAGCCCCGGACCCCGCUGGGGCCUCCCUCCCGCUUCGCUCCCCGGGAGGAGCGCUCCCUCCCGGCCACGUCUAUGCAACUCUCCUGGGCAGAGGGGCCGGGGCUGCCAGUCGCCCCCCGUCGGCCGCCACUACCUCCCCAGCCGCGCUUUGGCAUGCCCGGGCGAGGACCGAAGCACACACCUCCGCGCUUACGGGGCCGGCCCUCUCGGCUUUAAGCACACGCCUCUGCCCCAUCGCUAGGCGCCCACCCCGGGACAGGAGUCCUGGAGCCUCCGACCCUCCCCCUCUGCCCCUAUCCACAAAGGAGGGUGGAGACUGGAGGGGGCCCUGCCGCAGGGCCCCUUCUCUAGGGCUUCCCGGCUCCAGGCCCACCCGGAGAGAAGGCAGCAGGGAUGGGGGGGAGGAAAAGGCGUCGCAGAAGCAAUUACGGAGGGUGUUGACCCUGUAAAUAGGAACUUCCGACAGCAAUAAUUUUCCAUGCAUGCUAGCCUUUUGGCCAUAUUUUGUAUGAGCGCUUGGCGCUCCCCCUCCCUCCUCCUCCCCGUCUCCUGACCCAGACGCCCCAUUCCUUCCUCACCUCCAGCAGUAUUACUUGUAACGCAAUUCAGGGAUA